AUGUCUACGAGGCCUGGCAAAGCCGUUGGAUGGUCGGCGGAGGCUCGGCGGAGACUCGGCGGAGAUGGCGGAGACCUGCAAUAUGCCCAUUUUUUUUCUUUUAUCUACAGUGAGGGACCUGAUCCAGUGGUAAAAAACGUGUCAUUUUGCAUCCGGGAAGUAUCAAAAAUGUGGCGAAAUACCUCCCUCUCCAACUAAAAAAAACUCCGUUUUGAAAAAUGCACCUUUUUCUCUCAAAAAAAGAGUGGGUGCGCUUUUGAAAUCAGAGUUUUUUCACUUGGAAAAGGAGGAAUUUUGCGGCAUUUUUGAUGCUUCCCGGAUGCAAAAUGGCAUGUUUUUUGCUAAUGGAUCAGGUCCACCACUGUAUUACUAACGUUAGUUUUCUUCAUGCUGCAUUAUUUUAGUAUAUAAAAUACGAAAACUUACAGAGAAAAAAACGAAGAUCCGUAACUUUUAUCUAGAUAUUAUUGAUGUGAGAACAUUGUAAAAUACCUCAAAAUAGAUGAUAAUUAAGCUAUUUUAGGACCUGAUCAGUCUUUCAGUAUUGUUAUUUCUACAAACUAAGCCUUCUCCUAGCCCUUUUCAAUCCGGAAUCCCAUCAACAUGCCCUUUUCCGGCCUCCCCAAUUCCCUCUCCAGACAAUUGCAAUGAACCCUGAUCCAUUUCGGAGAUCAAAAGCCCGUCAGAAUGUCGGCGAAACCCCCCACUUUAAUUACCGGAAGAAGCGGGAAAACAGACAGGUGCUCAAGUCGGCGAGAGAUUGCGGAAAUCGCAGAGUGCCCGAGGCCAUGAAACGGGCAUUCCGUGCAUUCCAAUUGCGAGCCUAA